AUGGUUAAUGUGGCCACGCUGGGCCGGGGCGCCCGUGGGCCGGUGAUCUCCAUCCGCAGGAACGACGGCACAGGUUCCACCUUUGCGCUGAAGAGGUCCACGCAGCACGAGGCACAGGCGCUGAAAGCCCUGGCCAGCUGCAGGAACAUCGUGGCCUUGCAAGAGGCCUUCCAUCACGGCGGACAGGUGAUUGCACGACUCGAGUGCAUGGAGGGGGGUUCCUUUCGCGCCUACCUGCGUGCGCGCCCACCGGGCCGCGUGUCCGAGGUGACCUUGAUACCAAUGAGCGGUUGA